AGGCGAUUGACCACUUCACUCGCCCGUCUGCGCAUUGCAGAUUCCGUACGGGAGAGAUCCUGUACAAGUUGAUGAGGGACGGGGUCACCAUCACUGACCCUGUAGGGAGGGCAAUGGCAGCCAGGCAUCUCGAGGUCCACGAGGACGCGUUGGAGAUGGAGGACCUGCAGAGGGCCGAGGAGGCAGCUGCCACAGCGACAGGACAGAGGGCACACGUGCACCACGAUCGUCGCACGCUGCAGACGAGGUUGGAUAGUUGGGCAAAGGGAGGCCUACAACAACAGUAUGAGAGGUUGUGGGCCAGAGCCUUGUACAGGGCUGGGGUGCCAUUCACAUUCAUACAGCUCGAGACUACGCAAGAGCUGCAUGACUUCAUGGUAUCAUUGAUGAGGGUCACGAUUGGGCCUGCUUUGGUCCUCCCCUCAUACACUGACAUGCGCACCCGCCUCCUCGACGAGAUUUAUCAUGAGAUAGCAGAGAGGGUCGCUCCGAAGAAGGCAAAGUGGAAGUUGAUAGGGUGCACGAUGAUGACGGACGGGGCAACGACAAGGUCGUACAAACCUAUCAUCAACUUCAUCGCAGCAGGCGAGGACGGGCCCGUGUUGAUCAGUAUCGUUGACAUGUCGGAGAGGGACAAGACUAGAGUGGCACUGGCAGAGUUGUGGGAGGAGGUCAUCCGCGAUAUUAACGUUAAGCAUGUGAAUGCUUAUUGCACUGACAACGCUUAUGCAAAUAAGGUGGCUGCACAACGGUUGCAAGAACAUCCGGACAGAGACAUAUCCCGGAUCCCUUGGCUCCCCUGUGCAGCUCAUUGCUUGAGUCUUCUCCUGCGCGACAUCACGCGUUUCUCGUGGGUGCGGCCGAUCUUGAAGAACACAUACAAGGUUGUGAUGUUCUUCAAGAACAUUCACAAGGCCCUCUCGUAUCAUCGGUCCUUCAAGGAGCAGGGGCAGCUGGAGCUGAUCCGGCCAUGUGACACACGGUUCGGGUCUGCAUAUCAGAUGGUGGAGCAACUUACCAAUCAGGAGAGGGUAUUGCGGAUGGUCGUGGGCAGUGUGAGAUGGCGGAGCACCCUCUGGAGGGGGAAGGCGGGGCAGGAUGAGCGCCCUGUUUGACAACUUGUGUUGUCGGCGUCAUUUUGGGAUUGUGCGCACCGGGUGCAGGAGGUCAUGAGGCCAGCUUAUAGCCUGUUGCGU